ACGAGCGAUUCUUUCAGGAGACGGUCAUCGCUGCUGGAGUGAACUGUUGCGCGCGCUCAGUCCACAGUCUGAGCAUCAUCGCUGCACGCGCUGGUGUCCGUGUCUCCGGGCAGGCGUCUGUAAUCCGCAGACCUUUCGCUUAUUUCACGCAGAAGAGGGGAAAACUCCUCCCGACUGCUCUUUGAACUCCAUCUCCUCUCAGCUGCUCCAGGACCUCGUUGGAUGAGCUACCUGCGGAACGGCGGCGCAGUUUGAAACCAGAAGAUGGACCAGCCAAACAGCACAUUCAGCAGCAACUGCAGCUCAAUUGAUGACUUUCGCAAUCAGGUCUACUCCACUGUCUACUCCAUCAUCACGGUCUUCGGCCUGGUGGGCAAUGGCUUCGCGCUGUAUGUGCUCCUUCGGACCUACCGCCAGUCUUCAGCCUUCCACAUCUACAUGCUCAACCUGGCCGUGGCGGACCUGCUGUGCGUCAGCACUCUGCCGCUGCGCGUGCUCUACUACGUCAAGAAGGGCCAGUGGGACCUGGGCGACUUCCUGUGCAGGGUGAGCUCCUAUGCCCUCUAUGUCAACCUCUACUGCAGCAUCUUCUUCAUGAUGGCCAUGAGCUUCACCCGCUUCAUGGCCAUCGUUUUCCCAGUGCAGAACCUCCGCUUGGCCACUGAGCGCCGGGCACGCAUCGUCUGCGCCUGCAUCUGGAUUUUCAUCUGCACCACCAGCUCGCCGUUCCUCUUCUCCGGCCAGCACUUCGACCCAAAAACCAACAAGACCAAAUGCUUCGAGCCACCGGAGGAGAGGGGCAGCAUCCAGAAACUGGUCAUGCUGAACUACUUCUCCCUGGUCGUGGGCUUCGCCAUCCCAUUUCUGGUCAUUCUGUUGUGCUAUGCGGGCAUCGUGAGAGCUCUGCUGCGCAACGCCAAUGGCCUGAAGAAACAGCGCAACACACGCAAGAAGGCCAUCCGCAUGAUCGUCGUGGUCAUGCUGGCCUUCCUGAUCAGCUUCAUGCCUUAUCACAUACAGCGCACCGUGCAUCUGCAGUUCAAAAAGAAGAACACCUCCUGCGAGGAGAUCAACUAUAUGCAGAAGUCGGUGGUGAUCACGCUUUGCCUGGCAGCUGCCAACUCCUGCUUCGACCCCAUGCUCUACUUCUUCUCCGGGGAGAACUUCCGCCACCGCCUGUCCACCUUCCGUAAGGCAUCCGUGAACAGCGGUAACAACCAGCGCAGCCGGCACCUGCCACCAGCCAUCUACCCCCUUGAGGAGAGCGAGCUCAAUAAAGACAACAACCCGAGUAAACUUGGGUAGGAUGGAAGAGGAUGAGGUCUUCCUGCUGAAGAGUUGCCUUAGGGGAUAAAGACAAGUGCCAGUGGCUCGUUAUUGAAGAUCAGGCCAAACCUGAAGGACAGGAAAGGGAGGAUGGCCAGUGGGUAGGAGGUGAGCCCAGUGUGCUUGCCAAGGGUAAAAGUUAUGAACAAAGAAAUGGAAGUGUAGAUGGCUCAAUCUUAAAUAUUGACAUAAAGAACAGGUGGAGAAGACAAAGCUUUAUUCAGAUUCCAGACAACAUACUACAACCACUUUAGUACGCGCACUACAGUGCAGAGCAGCAGCUUGUGCCAGAAUGUGUGUGUUGUGUUUAUACUGCUACUGCAUUUAAUGUACUCAGUGAAACAUUAGAGAUCUACACUUCCAAACCUUUGUAAUGUGUGCCACUCAUUUAAAUAUGAGAAUUGUAUCAUUUACUCACGUUGUUCUUGUGCGGUGGUAAUGCAUGUAUAGGCCAGAUGUACUGUGCAUUACUAAGUGUAGGAUUAUAGUAUAUAGUUAUUGUAUAUUGCUGCAUUUAUAGCACACAUUGUUUCUGUAAAUUCAGUGGAUCGUAUUUAUAAAGACAGUCCUACGUAAAAAAAAAAAAAAUUCAAUCUUCAUUUUGUGCUAAAAUCUAAAGGCUUACAUCUUCAUGUUUUGGGUCACCGUCUUCAUGUACUACCUUGAGUCCUUCAUCCUGGUAUCUUCGUGGUGUUAUUGCGCCAUCAUGUGACUGCGUUUUGUAACUGCAGUAAACUAAACUGGGAACAGUAAACUGGGAGACCCAGGCCUAAGGUGGACAUUGGCUCAUUUUAAGGCAUUUGCAGAGCUAUUUAAUAUGAAUUCCACAGGCCAAUUCUACAGGGUUGAAUUAAGUCCUGCGGGUUUAUUUGUGUCCACAUGAACAUUGUAUAUUACUGUUAAUCCAAAACUAUACUUACAAAACUAUAUAUUUAUAGUUUAAAAUAUAUGUAAACUCUAAUUUAUUAGAUAAAUGUAUGAAAACAGCCCAAAACCUUUUUUUUUGUUUAAUGUAUUUUACUGUCUUGAAUACAUUUUGGAUUGAAACAAUGUAUUUGAAAUGUAUGUUAUAUAUAAAAACUAUAUCAGUGUAUUUUUCUAUAUGUGUUCUAUAUGUGAGCAGAAGGUUCACGCGACUCUGGUCUAAUGUGCUAAAACAUCUGCAUCUUAUUCACUUCACUGCAGUCGUCACCCAAUAGAAAUACAUGUUCGAUUUCUCUGAGCUGAUUUGGGUGGAUUUACUUAUAAUUUCUUGGUUUUAUAAAUGUUUAUGUACAUUUUAUCAUUUCUGUUUGACUUUUCCCCAAAAUGUUAAACUCAGAUGAAUAUAAAUUGUGCACUAAUAUAUGCAGUAAAAUGUCUUAUAUAA